AUGGCGUCAACCAGCAGGCCUCCCCGCGGGGGCGCCCCCACGGAGGCGGAGAUCACCGGCCUCGUCGGCACGCUCGAGCGCAUCGCGUCGAACAAAGCCGGCGGCGCGGACGCGUCGUCCUCGCGCGACGCGCCGGACCACGACCGCACCGCGGGAAGACGCGCGGGGCGGUGGGGCGCGAGAGUCCCGCCGAGCAGCGGCGCCUCCUCCGUCGACGGCGCGGCGGCGGACGCGCAUCAGACGCGCGCGCCGCACGGCUCCCUGACGGGCACCUGGGACGUCGGAUCGUCGCGCUACAACUCCUCGGUGCCCCCCAGCGACGACGAGCGCGGCGGCGGCGGCCUGGGCGGCGGCGGCGGCGACGCCGGCUCGGUCUACUCCCUCUCGGACGCCUCCGAGCUGUCCGCCGCGCCGGGGUAUCGGCCCGCGUGCGACAAGUACACCGCGGCGGCGACGCGCGCGGACUCCGUGGCGUACACCCUGGAGCAGCACCGGCUGCAGCUCGAGGCGACGAUCCGCAGCAUCGACAACGCGCAGGCGGCGGCGGCGGGGGGAGGGCGCGGCGCCGGGAUGGGGCCCCGGGGGGGAGGGGACGACGGGAUGCCCGCGGCGGGGCGGACGACGACGGGCGUGGGCGUGUUUGAUUUUUUCGGCGCCGCGUCCAAGGCGCGGGAGGGUCCCGACGGAUCCGAUCCCGGCGCGGCGAAGAGCGCGGGGAAGAGGCGGAGGGGGAGGGGAGGGAAGGAUGGAGGGGGGGAGGAACCGUACACGUUCAUGGGGUGCUGCGGCGGGCGGUCGUGA